UCCAUGGUGUAAUGAUUUCCCGCGCUUUUCAGUUACGAUGAUUACCGACAUCGAAGAAUUCGGCCAAUGUCGGAAGUUUUCGACGUUUCCGGUGAUUUCCGGUAGUUAUCGAGUUUUGUGUAUUUCUUUGUGAUUUUUUUGACGUUUUAUUUUCUAAAUGCUAAACAUUUAUACGAAUUGCUAAGAGAAACAAAAUUUUACUACUAAAAGCUUUUUUAUUCAAAAAUUUAUAAAAUGUUUGUCGUCCUGUGACGUCACGCUUGGGGUAUUUCCCAAAAAUUGUUGCAAUCGAAAGUAGAAAGGUAUGGCCGACAAACGAGAUUUUCGCGGAAGAUUUGCUUCGGAUAAGGGUAAAAGGCGCAGGAAACCCAAACUUAUCGUUGACCAUAACUAUGCCAAUGUUUUCCUGUGUGAUGGAGACGAUUGUAAAAGGAAAAAGUGUCCAAGUGCCUUGCAUAUGACUUUACCGCAAAAAGUAAACAAGAAUGGUUGGAAAGUGGGUCGGAGGCUGAAUGUACUGCUACUCCAUCUAAAAUCAUGCCGAAAAUGCAUGCUUGGCCCAGUGCCACUUAUGUACAACAACAUCGUUGGUGAAUUGCAAAAAGGUUUAGGCGGAUAUCUAUAUGUUGUGUGCCAAAACCCAGACUGCAGCCACAUAAAUCGAGUGCCAUAUGGGAAGACCCGCCAUAUAAAAAACAAGGGGAUGCCAUGCUUUGUUAUAAACACGAAACUUGGAGCAGCUAUGAUUGACAGUUUGGGUGGUGCAGAGAAAGUGAACAAUCUCCUAGCAGUCCUGAAUUUGAAGGCGAUUCAUCCGAAGAACUUGAAACUAAUGGUGCUGGUGAGGCUAUUCAGGAGGUGUCCAGAGAAUCCUGCAAAAAUGCUGCAAAAUAAGCUUUUGAAAAAGAAAUGAGUGAUAUUGCCCAGCAAGAGACUGAGCAAGCACAUGAGCAAAUGGUAGGAGAGAUUGAUGACCUAGGAGUGUGUCCUCUCCCUGGAGAAUCUCCAUCACUUCAGGAUUGGUCAUAUGGAGGCAAUUGAUAUAGAACGCAUACCUGACGCUAUUGCCCGUGGCAACUUCAAACCAGUCGUCAUAGAUGGAGAGCCAACCAUCAUAACAUUUGAUUUAGAAACAACAGGACUUAUUGUGCACAGAGUGAUGCCGGACAUAACACAGAUAGCUGCAAGUGACCAGUCGGGAAAGACAUUCAAUGUCUAUGUCAACUCAAUCCAGCCGAUAAAUCCGGAAGCAACGACAGUGACUGGAAUUUCAUUUGUGAAUGGAGAAAUGAAAGUUCGAGGACAGAUAGUUCAAUCUGUACAUGUGAAGGAUGCUGUUAGCCAAUUCUUGUCAUGGUUGGAGCAGUUUAAAAAUGUUGUUUUAUGUGCCCAUAACGGAAGAAGGUUCGACUUUCUGAUCCUAGUUGAACUGCUUGAGAAACUUCAUCUUAGUGAAAAGUUUAGUGAAAUAGUUCCUGCUUUGUUGGACACAAUGAGCAUAUUCAGGAAACAAUAUCCUAAAAGUUCACUGAAACAAGAAGAUCUUGUCAAAACUCAUUUAGGAAUUACAUAUGAUGCCCACAAUGCUGUUGGUGAUGUUAUUAGUCUGGGCAAGCUUAUCUCAUAUAUGAAUAUUGACAAAAAAGAACUUAUCAAAAACACCUUUUCAGUAUCUGCAGUUUAUAACAAUUUACAAUUCAAUAAUGCAAAAGCUAAGAAUAUCCAAUCUCUUGAAGUCUUGAUUUACUCAGGAGUGUGUAAAAGACCCACCGCAGAAAAUGUGGCCGGGUCAGGUUUGAACCUCGGAUACCUUCGGCUUAUCCAUAAACGUCGAGGCGAGGACGGACUACGUGAAGUUUUUACUUCACUCAACAAUGAAGGACUUCCAAGAGUAACCAAUUCUAAAAAAGUACUGGAAGACUUUAUACCAAAAUUGAUAAACUAUUUACUGAAGUAACAUGUAUAAAUUAGAAAAGUACUGAAAGUUUGUAGCAAAAUACAGCGAACCGAAGAAAAUCUGAAAAUUAGGGUACACAUUUUCUAACUUUUAUUUCUUUACUUACAGACGGUAAAUUAUUUUCAAAUUGUGUUGUUGUAUUCAUUUGAAUAUAUAGAUAACAUCUAUGUAUAGUUUAGUGAUGGCAUUACUUACAUUAUUAAAAAAAAAAUAUGUUUUUGUGUGAGGACAUGCUAUUUUUUCCAAAUAUUUUAAGGAUUUUUUGUAUGUCAGAGUUCAACUUUUCUUACAAAAAUUAGAUUUUAUUGAAUAAAAUAACACCAUAAUAGUUUUGUUUUAAUUGAGAAACUAUUUUCAGGAUGUAUUAAUGCCUUAAUUGCAUAGAAAUAUUUGAAAAGUAAAAAAAUCAUGAUUUUUUUAAUUUUGCUUAUUUCUCAUUUGGGUCCAUUCCCGAGAAGCUCAAGUUUUGACAUCAAAUAAGCUAAAUUUGAAAAAAUCUGCGGUAAAAAGUUGGUAAAAUGUGUAUUUUAGUUGUUGAAUGCUGAAAUAUCACAAAUAUCACAGAUUUGGAGAAUUUCAUAAAAGUACCUAUUACGGGAUGUCAUCCUUAAUGAAAAAUGUCCGUCCGGCAGCCAUUUCUCAGUAACUAGAAGGUAGAAUAUCAUAAAACUUGUAAUAAACGAGAACCAACAUACUGCAAUGAUGCCCUUUAAUUUUAUUUGUUUGGAUUGGUCAAUUUACCUUAGAGUUAUUGCCCUUUAAUUAUUUAAAAAUCCACAUAUUUGUACAUAACAAACCAACCAAAUGGUAGAAUUUCAUUAAACUUCUUUCAUUCUUUUCCAUGAACAUUUAUU